AUGGGGAGAGCAACGCAUUCCAGCAUUGCCCAGGAGGAGGAGGACCUGAAAUCGCUGGAGGCGGUGGUCGUGGGGUUGGAACAUGCAUGCCUGCAGGAAUUGGAUGCUGCUGGGGGAGUGGACAGGGAGGUGGGCGAGGAGAAGAUGUCGGGAGGGGAGAAUAGGAUGGAGGAAUCUGGUGUCAGUGGUGACUAUGCUGAGUAUUUUGCUGCUGCUGCUGCUGCUGCAGCUGCUGCUCCGGCUACCAUGAACGAGUCCAGCGGAAACGUGAUAGAUCUCGACCAAGUGAUUGCCCGUGUUCCCGCACACAACACCCCGCUCAACGCCAACGACGACUCGCUGGCGUAUUUUGACGCCGGAGAAGUUGACUGUGACGUAGAAGACACUGCCGACGAAGAUACCGACCCUACAAUGGCGACAGACAUGUCCCGCUGGGAGGCGCACGAGGUUAUGCAGCUGGCGUGGAUUCGCCACGACUACGACGCGCAGUAUCACGGCCAGACCCGCCUGCAAGGGCAAAACCGUGACGUGAUGUUAUUCGAGAAGCUGCGGGAGCGUCACCCUGAAUUCCGCCACAAUCUGGCCGCCGUGAAGGCAAAGGUAUUCCGCAUGGAGGCGCAAUAUAGGCGUGUGGGGGAUCUACUUCUCAAUGCAUCAGGCAAGGGCCGCCCCCCGAAGCUGCCCAUCUUCUACGAUAUCUUCGACAGAAUUUUGGGCGAUCGCGCAAAUGCUCGUCCGCCCGCGCUUGCCGGUAGCCUGCCUGGCGCUAAUGUCGUGAACUUGCCGUCUACCAGCAGUAGUGCAAGUAAGUAUGAGUUUGCCGAAUGUUUGACUGUCAAUAAAGUAGUUGCUGCUUAA